CCCUCCUGGCUUUCCUCACACCGCAUCUCCCUCUUCCAGCAGCUUCCUUGGGAAGAAGAAGGAGAAGAAGGCAGAAAGAAACCUCAGAAGCAGCCAAAAUGAUGAAGUCCGCUCUUGCAGUCCUGCUCCUCAUCCUCAGUGCAGCUUUCCUGGAAGGAAUGCCAACCUCCAGCAGGGGACGCUGUUUGUGUCAAGGAAGGCGCAUGAUAAGAGUCAACAUGUUGGAUGUUGCAGAAGUGGAAUACCACCGGUCAAGCCCCAGCUGUUCUGAGGACGAGUUAAUAAUUUUUUUCAAAACGAAUGGGAAGACAGGAUGCCUUGACAUCACUAAGAAGCAGGGAAGGAUCAUAAAAGAGGCUAUUAUGAGGAAAAGGAAGUAAAGACAAGAAUGGAGAAGUAUAUGAAAAUUUGAGUGUUCAUUUCGUUACAGAGGAAGACUCAUAAUACAGUUCAAACUGGGUCUCAGGGUUUAAAUUAUUCGGACAUCUCCUUGAGAACAUUCUGCCUGACUCUUGAAGGACUCUAAAAACCAUCAGCCUUGUUUAACAAACAUCUUGCUCUCACAAAUCUACAGGGAUUCUGUAACAAAGCUAUUCCGCCGUCUGUCAAGAUCAGAGUUAGUCUUAGGGAAAUAGAAAAGUGUUUGACCUCAAGGACAGUGAUGUCGCACUUGUUAUUUUUGUUAUAUUUCCUGCUUUUUUACAUUUUUAGGAAGAACGUUGUCCCACUGUCAGGUCAUGUUUAUCUCUUUCUUUCUGGGCAUUUGUGUAAGCUAUUAGAGUUAGAAAAUAGAUAUUUCCUCUGUUGGCUUUGCCCACUUGGUGUGUUGUACUACAAUGCCCAUUACAAUAGAGUCUCACUUAUCCAACACUCGCUUAUCCAACGUUCUGGAUUAUCCAACGCAUUUUUGGAGUCAAUGUUUUCAAUAUAUCGUGAUAUUUUGGUGCUAAAUUUGUAAAUACAGUAAUUACAACAUAUCAUUACUACAUAUUGAACUACAUUUUCUGUCAAAUUUGUUGUAUAACAUGAUGUUUUGGUGCUUAAUUUGUAAAAUCACAACCUAAUUUUAUGUUUAAUAGGCUUUUCCUUAAUCUCUCCUUAUUAUCCAACAUAUUCGCUUAUCCAAUGUUCUGCCGGCCCGUUUAUGUUGGGUAAGUGAGACUCUACUGUAUUCCCAAAAUGUCAUUGCUGGCGGUGUUGUAGUUCCACACAUCUAGAAGGUACUAUAGUGAAGGAAGCUGCUGGAAAUGUCCAAAUUUUACUUUAGAAUCCACUCCUGUAACUAUAGUAUGAAUGGAGGAAAUGGGCAUUUUUUUUUACAUGUGUAUGCUUUUAACAUGAAAAGUUAACCCCUUUCCUGCUGCAAUUCUGAGACCGGAGAAUUGGGAUCCCUGGGAUAAAUUGGGAUUCCUGGCCAUCCAUAUCCCCAUUAUUCCACGAUCUAUGGCUAGACCAUACUGUAGCUCAGCCAUUGGCAAACUUGGGCCCUCCAGGUGUUUUUGACUUCAACUCCCACAAUUCCUAACAGCCGGUAGGCUGUUAGGAAUUGUGGGAGUUGAAGUCAAAAACACCUGGAGGGCCCAAGUUUGCCCAUGGCUGCUAGCCGAACCAGGGUCCCAUCUACACUGCCAUUGAAUUAGAUAAUAUGAAUCUACACUGCCAUAUAGUUCAAUCUGGAUUAUAAUGGCAGUGUAGAUGGGGCCAAAGUCAUCUCGAAGAGAAGGGAAAACCAGCUAUGUAACCUCAGGAUAUCACUUUUUUUUUAUGACCAGUAUAAUGGACAUGUAUGUUUAUUAUCUGCCAAUAUGUACAGAUGUAAAUAAAGAAAUAUUUUCUAAUAA